CUGGGUUCCUUCCCCGACCACCUUUCAUUCAUUCUGCAUCAAGUACUGGGUACUUGGGACUUGGGGUGAAUCAGAGACGCCCCUGCCCUUAGGGAGUUUCAGGGGAUGCUGGGGGUGGAAACACCGACCUAGGCUCCAACAGUGACAGCCUAGGGCGGUCAAGUAGCCGCCUAAGCACUGGGAGCCUCCAACAUGGCAGGAAGGCUUCCCGGAGGAGGUGAGGCCUAGACGGAGCCCUGAAGGAUGGUUAGGAGUUUACUCCACGGAGGCACUGGGAGGGCAUUCUUGGCAGGACCUGAGACAUGAAUGAAACUGGCAUAUUCUGGUCAUUGCAAAGAGAAGCCUACAGAGUGGGGAGUUGGAGUGAUCGGGCCGGAUGCGACCCCCAAGACAGAAUGGUGUUGGACUCAGGGACUCAGGUGUAUGAACAGACACCCCCGAGCCUACCAGCCAGUCCCUCGUCCUUGAGUCCUAGGCUGAAGCCCCCAGAUCGAGAUGGGACAGUGGUGUACCCCUGGCCUCAGUCUUCGGCUCUGCCUCUGGCUCUGUCAGUCCCGUCAGCCCUGCAGCCCCGGCCUAAGCCACAGUCCAUCUCAGAGCUGUGCUUGGGUCACCGUGGCCACAUGCGUCGCAGUGAGAGCACCUGCACUGUAAAUAGUACUGGCCGGCGGGGGCGUGGCUCCCAGGGCCGGACCCUGCCUGGACGGAGACAGGAUCCAGGAGGAGGCACCCUGCGGCCUGCAGCCUCCCUGCCUCACAUUGCUAAGACUCGAAAGGAUGUGGGCCAUGGUGCCAGCAAGAGCCCCUGCAUGCUGGUGGCUCUGCGGCCGACCAACAUGGACCGUGAGCGGGACAAGUUCUUCCAGUCGCAGUACACCUACAACCCGCAGUUCGAGUACCAGGAGCCCAUGCCCACGGCUGUGCUGGAAAAGUACUGUGAAGCCUCUGGACAGUUCAUCCACCAGGCGGUUGGGAUCAUUGAGGCGGUCCUGGAGAAGUUUGGCACCUAUGAACACUUUGAGGCCGCGACUGGGGGCCAGCUGCUGACCAAGUGCCAGAUCUGGUCCAUCGUGCGCAGAUACAUGCAGAAGGAGGGCUGCGUUGGGGAGGUUGUGGUGCAGCUGAGCGAGGACCUGCUGUCCCAGGCAGUGAUGAUGGUGGAGAACAGUCGACCCACACUGGCCAUCAACCUGACUGGUGCCCGCCAAUACUGGCUGGAGGGCAUGCUUCGCCACGAGAUAGGCACCCACUACCUGCGGGGCGUGAACAACGCGCGGCAGCCGUGGCACAACGCCGAGGGCCGGGUGCAGUACGGGCUUCGGCCUGCUAACCCCACAGAGGAGGGCCUGGCCAGCCUGCACAGCGUGCUCUUCCGCAAGCAGCCCUUCCUGUGGCGGGCGGCGCUGCUCUACUACACCAUCAACCGCGCCGCGUGCAUGUCCUUCCGCCAGCUCUUCCAGGACCUGGCGCGCUACGUGCAGGACGCCGACGUGCGCUGGGAGUACUGCGUGCGUGCCAAGCGCGGACAGACGGACACCUCCCUGCCUGGCUGCUUCAGCAAAGACCAGGUGUACCUGGAUGGCAUCGUGCGCAUUCUGCGGCACCGCCAGACCAUCGAUUUCCCGCUGCUGACCUCGUUGGGCAAGGUAUCCUAUGAGGAUGUAGACCACCUGCGGCCCCUUGGGGUGCUGGACAAUACUCGGGUCCCGCACUUCAUGCAGGACUUGGCCAGAUACCGGCAGCAGCUGGAGCACAUCAUGGCCACCAACCGGCUGGAUGAGGCAGAGCUGGGUCGCCUGCUGCCUGACUGAUGAUGCUGUUUGAGAGCUGAAGGCAGAGGCCCUUGACAGAGGACUCUACAGUGACCCCAGAUAUGAAGCUGACUGCUCGGCACCGCUACAGCCUGGGUGUUUCUUGUGGGGGCUGGGCAGGCAGAGUAUCCCAGAAGGGAGGAGCAGCAGCAUAGAGGGUUUGAGUCCUCCUUGGGGCCCCACAGCAGCUUGUCAGGCUAACUGAGCCACCCUCCUGCUUCCAGCUCUCUGUUGAGCAGAGGGGAGGCCUUGGGGGCAGGAGAGAAGCCGAGCACAGUCAGCAUGGGGGGAGGUUUGGGAGUGGAGACUUGUUUUUGCAUGAGAUGGCUUUGGGUCCCUGUAUGUUCUGUUCCCUCCCUACCCCCCACCUGGCCCUUCGGUGCUCCUUCAGCUUUCAUGCUGUCUACCUCUCACUGGGUCCUGGUGUGGGGGAGUCUCUCUUCUCCUGGGGUGAUUGCCUGAGCCUGGGGUCCUGGCUUUCACAAACCCAAGGGGCAGGUGUAAUGGUAGCAAAGACCCAGCUGGGCUGGGAUGCACUUUGCAGCAUUUUGCCUCUCCCACUGGCCAUGUAUUUAUCCCCUAUUUAUGUGCUCUGUUCCUUGGGGCUGGGAGGCAGCAACUUCUGCAGGUUGGUGGAAGGAAAAGGACUCCCCUGAAAGUUACCUACCCCCCUACUCUUACCCUCCCCCACCCACCCCCACAAGUCCUUUAGGCCUUGUGAGUUGAACUGAGCACCCACCUGUCCCGAGCCCCACCACCUCCUCUGCUCCUGUCUUUCCCAUAACCAUACAGCUGGUCUCUGGAAAGGGUUGGCAUAGCCUGGCAGCAGCCAAUCAAGCCUGAGGGGCAGGCCCCUACUUAUUCCAGUUCUGAGCCCUCCUGGACUCCUGGUACAGAGUGGGCGGUGGUUUCCAGCUUCACCUCAGACUCAGUUCUGGGUGGUUGACCCAAUCUCUUUCCCACCCUUGGCCUUACCCAUCUAUAAAACCCAGAAAUGGGAACGCAGUUGAAAAGUUCUUAUUCAUUUAGGUCAUGAAUAUGUAUACACACUGGUCAGAACCAUCACUGAGCUCCCAGUCCAGAGACAAACAAAAACCAGUCAAUUAAAACAGUUACAAUGA